CGACAACACGGCAUUAGCCCUCAUGUGUUGUCCUUGGCCGGCAUAAAUGACCCAAAGGAGUACUACAACAGCGGAGCUUUGAGUCAACUUUCCUCGAAAGUCGAAAGAGACUGAUCUACUAUAUAUACCAAACACACGGCUUCCUUUCUUCAAGAUUUUGUCUUUUUUCUUUUUCCAAUUUUCCCCAAUUCGAUUUUCCUCUUUCGUUUUCGUAAUUUAUUUUCCAAGUUGAAUACUCACUUUACACAGGUACGCUCAUCUCUUCAAUUUCACCUUUUUUAGUUUUGAUUGUUAAUCGAAAAUUCUUGGUUUUCAUUUUUAGAUAGUAUUUUUAGAUAGUCUUCCAGUUCACAAUUUUGAAUCCGAUUGCAUGAACGCGCGAUUUCUUAUUCCUUUUCUUCUGAACUUUUAAGUUUGUUCAAGGUUUGAAAUUUUCGAUCUGUAGAUUGUGUGUUGAGAUACACGAGGAACCGAUCUGACGUCUAGAUUCAAAAUUUUGGUUGGAUCUCUAUUUCUAGGGUUUUGUAUUGAUCUGAUUUGUAAUUUAUCAAUCCGAACAAAACAAUCAGUUUAGGGUAUAAGAAGUAGGGCAAGAAAUGUUAGAGCAGUUACUGAUCUUCACCAGAGGGGGGUUGAUCCUCUGGACAUGUAAAGAGCUUGGAAACGCUCUAAGAGGAUCACCAAUUGACACCUUAAUUCGAUCCUGCCUUUUGGAGGAACGAUCUGGUGCAGCUUCAUACAACUAUGAUGUACCUGGGGUUUCAUAUACUCUCAAAUGGACAUUCCACAAUGAGCUCGGCCUUGUGUUUGUUGCUGUUUAUCAAAAGAUUCUCCAUCUUUUAUACGUGGAUGACCUUCUUGCUAUGGUGAAACGAGAGUUCUCUGAAAUCUAUGAUCCCAAAAGAACAACGUAUGAUGAUUUUGAUGAAACAUUUAGACAACUCAGGAAGGAAGCAGAAGCACGUGUUGAAGAGAUGAAGAAAUCAAAGCAGGUGGUGAGUAAGCAAGUAAGUAAUUUAGGGAAAAAGCAAGGGCAAAUGCAAAAAUCUGGAUUUGAAGGAGGUAAUAAAAAAAAGAGUGGUGGUGGGGAGUCUGGUAAAGAUGGUUCUGAUGGCGAUAAUGUAAAAACUGUUACAAUGGAAAAUGGUCAUUCCAAUGGGGAAGUAGAGAGUAGGGGUAGAGUCAAUGGUAAAGAAAAUGGUGAUAGUAAUACUAAUGGAGGGGCGUUUGAUGUAAAUAAGUUACAGAAGCUUCGUUCUAAAGGUGGGAAGAAAGCUAAUAACCCUGUUGUUAACAAGGUUUCCAAAGAGGAACCAAAGAAAAAACCUGCAAAAAAGAAUAGAGUUUGGGAUGAUUCACCCAAAGAAACCAAGUUGGAUUUCACAGAUCCUGGAAGUGAAAAUGGUGAUAGUUUCAUGGCUGUUCAACAAGUUGUUGAAGGUGAGAGUAUGAUGGACAAAGAUGAGAUUGUCAGCAGUGACAGUGAAAGUGAAGAAGAUGAUGAUGAAGCAGAGACAGAUAAGAAAGUGGAUUCAAAGAAGAAAGGAUGGUUUUCAUCCAUGUUCCAAAGCAUUGCUGGGAAGGCAAAUUUGGAGAAGGCAGAUCUUGAACCAGCUUUGAAGGCUCUAAAAGACAGGCUUAUGACCAAGAAUGUGGCUGAAGAGAUUGCUGAGAAACUUUGCGAGUCUGUAGCAUUCAGCCUGGUAGGGAAAAAGCUUGCUUCUUUUACAAGGGUAUCAUCAACAGUGCAGGCUGCUAUGGAAGAUGCUCUUGUUCGUAUCUUGACUCCAAGGCGUUCUAUUGACAUUCUGAGGGAUGUUCAUGUUUCCAAGGAACAAAGGAAACCAUAUGUUGUGGUGUUUGUUGGAGUCAACGGAGUUGGAAAGUCAACCAAUCUUGCCAAGGUGGCUUACUGGCUUCAACAGCAUGACAUCAAUGUAAUGAUGGCUGCAUGUGACACUUUCCGUUCAGGGGCAGUUGAACAGCUUCGCACUCAUGCCCGUAGGCUCCAGAUCCCUAUAUUUGAAAAGGGGUACGAGAAAGACCCUGCAAUUCUGGUCGAAUGCAGGACAAUGAACCUUUUGAUGCGUGCACUAUCGAAGCUUAUAUACGUGAACAGUCCGGAUUUGGUGCUUUUUGUGGGGGAAGCACUGGUGGGGAAUGAUGCGGUGGAUCAGCUCUCCAAGUUUAAUCAUAAACUAGCUGACCUGUCACCCUCACCUACCCCCAGGUUGAUUGAUGGGAUCUUGCUUACAAAGUUUGAUACCAUAGAUGAUAAGGUUGGAGCUGCACUAUCGAUGGUUUACAUAUCGGGAGCACCUGUGAUGUUUGUAGGAUGUGGACAGUCUUAUACAGACCUCAAAAAGCUCAAUGUUAAGUCCAUCGUCAAGACCCUGCUUAAAUGAAUCAACUCACUUGUGUGAUGUGUCUGCUGCUUUGUCUAAUGUUUACUUUUGCUUUCGGUGUGUUUAAACAAACAGCUUUGUGAUUUCGACUUGGUUUGAUGUUUUGUGGUUGGUUUGUUUUAUUUGCCUUGGUUGCUGUGAAAUUAUUUAUCUUUUAGUGCAAAAUCAGCUUUGUAGCUCAUUUUUUUCUCAUUAACAGAUUUUUCCCAACAGUUAAAGGGAGAAUUGCUAUUUACGGCGUA